AGAGGCGCAGAGCAGAGGCGGCGCGCUGCCUUCACUCCGAAACAUCACCGAAAGGCGACGGAGGCGCGGCAGACGGAGAAGAAGAUGUUGGCGAGAAAAAGCAUCAUCCCGGAGGAGUUCGGUCUGCCGGGGCUUGUCUCCCGGAUGCCCCGAAAGCCGGUGUUCAGGGACCGCGUGAACAAAGCUCGCUUUAUUGCCAAAAACGGCUCAUGCAACUUGGCGCACAAGAACAUCCGUGAGCAGGGAAGAUUCCUGCAGGAUGUCUUCACCACGCUGGUGGACCUUAAAUGGCGCUUCACGCUGGUCAUCUUCACCACGACAUUUGUCAGCAGCUAUCUGCUGUUCGCCAUGAGCUGGUGGCUGGUGGCUUUUGCGCACGGAGAUCUGGACCCGUUGCGGGAAAACGGGGCUGACUGCGUCACCAAUGUCAAGUCGUUCACUUCAGCCUUCCUGUUCUCCAUCGAGGUCCAGGUGACCAUCGGCUUUGGGGGACGUAUGAUAACGGAGCAGUGUCCCACCGCCAUCACGGUGCUCAUCCUGCAGAACAUAGUGGGACUCAUCAUCAACGCUGUGAUGCUGGGUUGUAUCUUCAUGAAGACGGCUCAGUCGAACCGUCGGGCAGAGACGCUCAUCUUCAGCCGCCACGCCGUGAUCGCCGUCAGGAACAACCGGCUGUGCUUCAUGAUCCGCAUCGGGGAUCUCAGGAAGAGCAUGAUCAUCGGAGCGACCGUCAGGUUACAGGUGGUGAGGAAGACAACCACACCAGAGGGGGAGGUGAUCCCCAUCCAUCAGAUCGAUGUCCAGACGGAAAGUGCUGUGUCCAGCAACAGCCUGUUUCUCCUCGCCCCGCUCAUCAUCUGCCACGUCAUCGACAAAGACAGCCCGCUCUACGACCUGUCAGCCAUGGAGCUGCAGUGCAGCGACCUGGAGGUGAUCGUCAUCCUGGAGGGAGUCGUGGAGACGACGGGGAUCACCACGCAGGCCCGGACCUCCUACAUCUCCGAGGAGAUUCAGUGGGGUCACCGUUUUGUUCCCAUAGUAACAGAGGAGGAGGGCGUGUACUCAGUCGACUACUCCAAAUUUGGCAACACGGUCAAGGUUGCGACGCCGUGCUGCAGUGCCAGAGAGCUGGACGAGAAGCCCUCCAUCUUAAUCCAAACCCUCCAGAAGAGCGAGCUGUCGCACCAGAACUCGUUGAGGAAGCGCAACUCCAUGCGACGCAACAACUCCAUGCGCAAAGCCACGGGAAGCAGCGGGAGCCUCCGCAGGAACAACUCAGGGCUCGCCGUGCCUAAAGUCCAGUUCUUCACCCCGACCGAGGGAGGCCAGAACCUGAAUGCCGUCACCUGACAUGAGGCCUGCCUUCUGCUGGCUACCCUGCUCCUCCUGGUGGGGAGGAAGAUUGUGGGUGUCAGCACAUCUUUUUCUCUGAUAGGACUCAUUCUUCUUCUUUUCCCCGCCAUAUCUAGACUCAUGUCUCGACACAUUCACUGUUAAUGUUACCCGUGUUUAUGUUCAGGGUGUAAAAUAGUUCUUUUUCAGAUUAUAUUCCUGAUUUCCUGCAGUUCAGCCUCUGCCUUAAAGCAGUUAACGAAACAUAACGGGGCCUUAGCUUACAGAAUGACCGUCACGUUCCAAGAUGUAUGAUUUGAAGUAUUUAAUUUAAUCAAGGUCAUAAAUCAAUAAAAAGGUCACACUACAUUUCUUGUAGACCUCAGUUCAGCCGGACUUCUCUCCUGCCUUUUUCCUGCAUGUACCUACUCGGCUCAACUCAACUCGGUUUUUAGGGUUUUCCAUUAGGUGGUAGUACCUGGUACCGGGUACUUUUUUAGUACCUAUUCAGCCGUGGUUCCAAGAAAGCUAAGUCGAGCUUUAAAUUAUACAGACUGCAUGCCACUGAUUGGCCAAGGACUGACGUCACUAGAGCAACAUGAGAUCCCUUCAAGAAUCAAACACGCUGUUUUUGAAACGCAUCAAUGAGGGAAAUGGCCACACGCUAAUCAACACAGACAAAUUUUGUGCUUGGCGGCUGACGACUGAAUCCAGAUGGAGCUCAGUGGAGCAACUGUUUGUGUUUGCGUCGCAUACAAAUUACAUUGUGAGUGUUUCGGGUAGCCUUGCUGAGGCAGUCCUCAAAUGUAAAGGAAAAUAAUCGACAUAGUGUAGAGUCGGGUUGAGUCAAGCCCAGUAGGUACUAGUGGAAAAGAAGUAUUUGAAACCAAAGGAUUCGCCCCCUGCUGGCCAUUAGAGAGAAUACAGAUAUAAGGCACUUGUGUAUUGUGUACAUCUUUCUUCUUAUUUUUUUCCAUUGUGCUGCAGUUCAAGAAUUACACCCAUUGUUUUCUUUGUUAAUCUACAUUAAACACUUUACCCCAGUGCUGCUGCACCUCAGAUACUCAGAAAAGCAGCAAUAAUAAUAACAGCCUGGCAAAUCCCCAUUAUAACUACACUCCAUCUGUGUGAUGUGCGCGAUGUGUGCUCCGGUCACCAGCUGAUGUGUUGCACUUAUUUUUAGAAGCUGCAGAGAGAAAAAGCAUUUUGAAGAUGUCACCUUGAGCAUCAGGAGGUUGUGUUGGACAUUUUGUAUAUCAGUCUAUAUAUCUAAAUAGUUUCAGAUGAGGGUAAAUCAACCAUCUUUAGCCUUCUGUCCUUUCAGUAUUACUGAUGUUUUUUUUUUUAAUUUUUAUCUACACUUGUUUCACUUAGUUUUACUUAUUUUUUUUUUAAGGGUAGAUGUACAGCUUAAUAUUUUCUAAUUAAGUUCACAAUCGCUGUUAAUGAGAGCCAGAAUAAAUCACCAUAUGGUAUUCUA